GGUACAUUGAAUAUACCACUUGAUUCAAAAAAAUAAUUUAUUAUAUCAGUAUUAAAUCAUAGUUUAAAUACAAAUCAAUACUUUCAAUUUUAACAACAAAGAAAAAAAUCAAAGCAAAUAUGGGUGGUAAAGUUUUACUCGUUCUCUACCGUGGCGGUGAACAUGCUGAACAAGAAGCAAGAUUACUUGGAUCUUUAGAAAAUGAGCUUGGGAUUAGAAAGUUCAUUGAAGAUAAUGGGUAUGAAUUAGUUUCUACCGAUGAUAAGGAUCCAGAAGGUGAAUCCGCUGUUGAUAAGGAACUUCAAGAUGCUGAGAUUGUUAUCACUACUCCAUUUUUCCCAGCUUAUAUCACUAAGGAAAGAAUUGCCAAGGCUCCAAAAUUGAAAAUGGCUAUCACUGCUGGUGUUGGAUCAGAUCAUGUUGACUUGAAUGCUGCAAAUGAAAGAAAGAUUACCGUCACUGAAGUUACUGGUUCCAAUGUUGUAUCAGUUGCAGAACAUGUUGUGAUGACUAUGUUAGUAUUGGUUCGUAACUUUGUUGCAGCCCAUGAACAAGCCAUGGAUGGUGGAUGGGAUAUUGCAGGAAUUGCAAAGCAAGCAUUUGAUCUUGAAGAUAAGGUGAUUUCAACCAUUGGUGCUGGUAGAAUUGGAUACAGAGUUCUUCAAAGAUUAGUUGCCUUCAAUCCAAAGAAACUUAUGUAUUAUGAUUAUCAAGACUUACCAUCAGAAGCAAUUGAACAAUUGAAACAAGCUUCAAAAAUUUUGAAUGGUAAAGAUUUAAUUGUUGAAAGAGUUGAAAAAUUGGAAGAUUUGGUUAGUCAAAGUGAUAUUGUUACCGUUAAUUGCCCAUUACAUGAAAGUACCAAGGGCUUAAUUAAUAAGGAACUUCUUUCUAAAUUUAAAGAUGGUGCUUGGUUAGUAAACACUGCUCGUGGUGCAAUUUGUGUAGCAGAAGAUGUUGCAGAUGCUGUUAAAAGUGGGAAAUUACGUGGUUACGGAGGUGAUGUUUGGUAUCCACAACCAGCACCAAAAGACCAUCCUUGGAGACUGUUCCGUAACCCAUAUGGUGCUGGUAAUGCCAUGACCCCACAUGUUUCAGGAACCACAUUGGAUGCUCAAGCUAGGUAUGCUGCUGGUGUUAAGAAUAUUUUGGAAAGUUACUUCACUGGUAAGUUUGAUUACAGACCACAAGAUGUAAUUGUUAUCGAUGGUGAAUAUGCAACCAAAGCUUAUGGGCAAAGAAAGUAAUCUUUUCUUUCUUUUCUUCAAUAGCAAAAAAAAAAAAAAACCUCAAAAUUAAGUUUUAUUUUUUUAGUUUAUGAAAUGUUUUCUAUAUGUCU